CGGAUUCCCCCCACGCGCUAUAAAUAUCAGACCUCGCCGGCGACACCGUGAGAAAUUCCCCCCUUCUCCACGGCGGCGGCGACGGCGCGCUCUUCUUGUCGCUACCCCUACCACUACUACUAAUCACGCCCACUACUACUACUGCCGCUGCUGCCACUGAGCUAGUAGUAGCCGCAGCAGCAGGUAGUAGCUGGCGCGGGGAGCGUAACCCUAGAAUGUCGCAGCAGGAGGUGGCGGAUCCGGCGCAGGCGGCGGAGGAGGAGGGGCCGGGGGAGCUGCCGCGGAGCGGCUCCUCCAGCAGGCUCAACGCGCAGGCGCCGGAGUUCGUGCCGCGCGCCGCGGCGGCACCGCCUCAGGCGGCGGUGGCAGCGCCGCCGCCGCCGCCGCAGGUGAUCCGGGUGUUCGCCGCGGCGCCGCCCCCUCCCCCCGCGGCGUUCUUCGCCGCGGUGCCCCCUCCGCCCCCGCCGCCGUUCGAGUACUACCCCGCGGUCGGUGGGGGUGGCGGGUUCGGUGCGCCGGUGGAGCUCGAGGCGGAGGCCGAGCAGCAGCCGCCACCGGGGCAGCAGUCGGGGAGGGACGGGAUCUCCGACGACGUGGUGCACAAGAUCACGAAGCAGGUGGAGUACUAUUUCAGUGAUAUAAAUCUAGCCACUACGGAACAUUUGAUGAGAUUCAUUACCAAGGAUCCAGAAGGAUAUGUUCCGAUAUCAGUUGUUGCUGGCUUUAAGAAGAUUAAGGCUUUGAUACAAAGUAAUGCAAUGCUUGCUUCAGCUCUUCGGACAUCAUCAAAACUCGUUGUUAGUAAUGAUGGAACAAGAGUAAAACGUGAGCAACCGUUUACAGAGUCAGAUUUAGAAGAGCUCCAGGCCCGAAUCGUUGUUGCAGAAAAUCUUCCAGAUGAUCAUUGUUACCAGAAUCUCAUGAAGCUUUUUUCAACUGUUGGCAGUGUCAAGACAAUUCGAACAUGCUAUCCUCAAACCCCAAAUGGCACUGGUCCAGUUACUAAUAGAUCUGCCAAGCUAGAUAUGCUUUUUGCUAACAAGCUGCAUGCUUUUGUUGAGUACGAUACUGUAGAGGAUGCUGAGAAAGCGAUCGUGGAACUUAAUGAUGAGAGGAACUGGAGAAAUGGGCUGAGAGUUCGAUUAUUGAAUACUUGCAUGACAAAGGGAGGCAAAGGGAAAAAGGGUGGCCAUGAUAUCAAUGAUGGACAUGGUGUAGAGGAUGAUGUCUCCACUUCUAACCAAUCAAAUGAGAAACAUGGAGAAGAAGCACUGCAAACACCAGAUGCACAGGGAGAGCAAUUGCCUGAUGAGAGCGCUGGGGAUAUGGGACGAGGGCGUGGCAAAGGCCGUGGCCGUGGAGGUAGAGGCCGAGGGCGUGGCUACCACUACCACAACAACAAUCAACAGAGCUACCACAACCAUCAGCAGCAUAAUCAUCAGAAUAGCAACAACCGGAACGCCGCCCAUCCAGUUGGAACGCCGCCAUCCAACCAUCCUGCCAAGAACGAGCAGCAACAGCAGGCACAGCCACAGCCACAGCCACAGCCACAGCCACAGCCACCAGCAGGAGCAAACAAGCAGCCUCCAGGGCCACGCAUGCCUGACGGAACACGCGGGUUCGCCAUGGGCAGAGGGAAGCCGCAAACAUCUACGACGACACCCAGCGCAUCAUCCGGUAGCGAACCUUGAAACUCGAAACACGCAAUGUUGCUGUUGGUCAUGUUGAUAGAAAGAGAUGCGGUUGAGAGACUUGUCUUUUUUACAAGUCUGUCCUUGGAAGCGUGCCUCCUUUUGUUGUUUGUUCUAUAUAUACACGUUUUUCUGCCGUGUGCUGUUGUUGUGUAGUACUACUUCUGAAACAGGUAGAGCACACACCGUUUGUGUGACUCGGUGUGAGUGAGUGACCUGAGUGUGCUCCCUGUCACUUUGCAGCUCUGUUUUUUUUUUUUUACCAUUUUUGCCGCCCUGACUGUAAGAUUGUAGUAGUAAAAGUUGAUUCCAGAAAGAUAGGGGAGGAGAACAUAGUAAAAUGUGAUGAUGUUUCUUGUACUGUGUUGUGUUGUCCUCUGUUUUUGUUGCUCAA